AAGAACAGCACUGCCGUGUGCCACCCGGGUGCCCUUCCCCGCCUUACAAAAUCGGAGCCCCGCCACCCCGGCGGGCCCCACGGCAUCCUCCCACCGAUAACCGUCGCUUCCGUACACUUCCCGCCGCCGCCGCCGCCGCCCUCCUCCCGCGACUCUCUCUCUCUCUCUCUCUAUCCGCCGCCUCGAGCUUCGAGCUUUCUCUCUCUGCACCGCUCGCAUCAUUCACUCGCUCAUCGCGCACGCAACCGACUUUUAAACUUCCCUAUCCCGCGAUGAACCACCUCCGCUCCCCGACCGCCCCUCCGCCGCCGGCCGCCGCCGCCCUCCUCUGCCCCGGCCGCCCCUUCCGAGUCCGCGAAUUCCGCGUCUACAAGCGUCGCAAGCUCAAGCCGGCCCCCCGCCGCCGCCGCCACCACCACCUCUGCCUCCACCUCCCGCCCCUCAGGGCCCAGCUCGACGAUUUCCAUCUCCCCCCCUUCGACGACCUCCUCCGCGGCCUCGCUUCCCGGUUCUCUCCCGACCUCCUCCUCCCUGGCGCCUUCGGCCUCGCCUCCGGCGCCGCCUUGUCCCUCGGUCGGCGGCGGGGCGAGAGGGACCGCCGCUGCUCCGACGUCGGCGAGUGGAUUCUCUUCUCCAGUCCGACGCCGUUCAACCGCUUCGUGCUGUUGAGGUGCCCGUCGAUAUCGUUCGAGGGGAGCGAGCUGCUGGAGGACGUGAACGACAAGUUGGUGAAGGAGGAUCGGCAUUUCGUGAGGCUCGACAGCGGAAGGAUGCAGGCGAGGGAUGGCGACGGUGAGCUGGAGGAGAGAUUGGCGUAUCAGAGAGUCUGCGUGGGGACGGAGGAUGGAGGUGUGAUUUCGAUCGAUUGGCCGGCGAAUUUGGACUUGAGGGAAGAGCAUGGUUUGGAUUCGACGCUGCUGCUGGUGCCGGGGACGGCGGAGGGGAGUAUGGAUGAGAGUGUGAGGGCGUUUGUCUGUGAGGCGCUGCGGCAUGGGUUUUUUCCGGUUGUGAUGAACCCAAGGGGAUGCGCCGGUUCGCCCCUUACGACGGCGAGGUUAUUCACAGCUGCUGACAGCGAUGAUAUCUGCACAGCUGUUCAGUUUAUCAGUAAGGCGAGGCCUUGGACAACAUUGAUGGGGGUUGGGUGGGGUUUUGGGGCAAAUAUGCUGGCAAAGUACCUCGCUGAGGUCGGGGAGAGGACACCUCUGGCAGCAGCAACAUUGAUAAACAACCCUUUUGAUUUGGAGGAAGUGACAAGGUCCUCUGCACAUCAUGUUGGCACAGACGAGAAUCUCACCAGUGGACUGGUAGAUAUUCUGCGUAGCAAUAAGGAGCUCUUCCAGGGGAGAGCAAAAGGAUUUGACGUGGAAAAGGCUUUGGUAGCAAAAUCUGUGCGAGAAUUUGAUACAGCAAUAUCUAUGGUAUCUUAUGGUUAUGAAGAAAUAGAAGAUUUUUAUUCAAAGUCAAGCACACGAGACUCAGUAGGAAGCAUGAAGAUUCCCGUUCUCUUUAUACAGAAUGAUGAUGGAACAGUGCCCCUCUUCUCUGUUCCGCGCAGUAAGAUAGCAGAAAAUCCUUACUCAAGCCUAUUAUUGUGUUCUUGUCUGCCAUCUGGUGCUGCUGCCGACAGCAGAUCUGCUUUAUCUUGGUGCCGGCAUCUUACAAUCGAGUGGCUUGCGGCAGUGGAACUUGGGCUUCUAAAGGGUCGUCAUCCUCUCUUGACAGAUAUUGAUGUGACCAUAAACCCUGCAAAAGGCUUUCCUCUUGCAGAAGGGAAAACAUCCAACAAGGGUGACAAAGUUAGCAAGUACUUGAAAUUUACCGGAAUAAAUGGUUCAAAUGGAUAUGCAGUUGGUCCUAGAGAUAAGAUGCUCGAAGAUGGUGGUGGUGCUGCGGGCAAUUUCCGAUCUAGGCAGAGCCCCAGAGGAGAGUUAGACGAUGGUAUGCAUCAGAGCAGCUCUCUUGAUGAAGAGCUGGUCAAGGAGGAAGAUUCUUCAGCAGUUUUGGAAAGAGGACAAGUGCUACAGUCAACACAAGUAGUUAUGAAUAUGGUUGAUUUAACUAUGCCUGGUAUUCUCACAGAAGAUAAGAAGAAGAAGGUCCUUACUGCUGUUGAUCAAGGGGAGACUCUCAUGAAGGCUUUGCAGGAUGCUGUGCCAGAAGAUGUUCGGGAAAAGCUCACAACUGCUGUAUCUGGAAUUUUGCAUACUCAAGGUUCUAACUUGAAACUGGCCGGGAUCCUUGACAUCGGUAGCAUUCCCAGUUUUUCAUCUGGCAGGAAGUCACAGAUUCAAGAAAAUGAGAAUGGAAUCUCAAUUAAAGAUGGCCUACAUAAGGAUAGCUAUUCUUCAGAUCAGAUGCAUAAAACUGAUAACAUGGGCUUAGGAAAUGCUUCUGAUGACAAUCAGCUGCAAAAAGAAAACCCUGCUACCUUAGAAGCAGAACGUCACUCUACAGAUAGAUCAGUGAGCUUUAACGAAGAUGAUAUCCAGAAAGAUGCCAGUGACUUGGGUGAUAAUCAUGAUAAUGCUGAAUCUUCUAAAGUAAAACCUGUUAGACCUGAAAGGGCAGAUUGGCCUGAGAAAGAACCAGCUGACAAUCCUAAGAUGGAUGAAAAGAGUAAGGUUGCCGAUAUGGCAACAAAUGAGGAGUUUAACAGCCAGAAAAUUGAAGAGAAGAGUGGGGACUCUCUAGCUGAACCAAGAAAGAUAUCAGUGAACAAGGCAGAGGAAUUUCAAUCGUCCUCUGGAUCCCCUUCUGAGACCCAACAAGUAGAAAAUGAUGAUAGUGAUCUGCAGAGAAGGGAAAAUAAGAGCUUGCAGCCUGUUUUGGAACAGAAUAAGUCCAAUGUCACUGAUUCUAGUUCCUCCACCUUCUCAGUUUCAGGAGCACUAGAUGCCUUAACAGGGAUGGAUGAUUCCACCCAAGUGGCUGUCAACAGUGUUUUUGGUGUUUUGGAGGAAAUGAUUACUCAGUUGGAAGAGAGUUCCGAUCAGGAAAAUGGAGAGACCGACAAGGUCGGGGAUGGCGAACUCGAUUCUUUGUCUUCGAAACAUGAUCAAGUCCAUGAGAAGGCAACUGAAGAGCAAAAUGUAGAUGUUUCCAAUCGCCAAGAGAAAAUUAUAGAUGCACAAAGUAAUGGAAAAGAUGAAUUUGAGGCUGAGAAGCCAGCUCAAGUGUCUGUAGAUAGUAACCAGUUUUCUGAAGGAGAGGGCAUACCUGACAACAUAGAUAAGCAAAAAAUUGGAAAAAGUCAAGGUCAGUUAGUCAACAGAAAACUUGUAGAUAGUAGCCUGGAUGGUCUUAGACGUGUAAAUAAUAUUCCCUUGUACACAAGAGCCAAUUACGGAGAUUCUCUUCAUGACGCAUAUUUUCGCAGCUAUCUUUGUUCAAAGUAUCCAACCGAGUCACUUGAUAAGGAUGCAACUACGGCCCUACUACUUGACUACAUCCCAGAAGAAGGCCAAUGGAAGCUCUUGGAACAACCAGGAAGCAGUGGAGAUUCUGCUGUUUUACUCACUAAGAAGAGACAUCUUAUCAAUGAACUCCUUUAUUCAGGAGAAGAAAAGGGAACAAUCGAACCCUCCUACACGAUACUCGACACUCAGGAUCUAAUUCAAGAACAUGAAAUGAUUGACUGGAUGGAUAAGAAGGCUGGUAUUGAUGAUACUAGAUCAACUGAGCUGAUGCAUUUUGUUAGAAAGAUUAUCCUUGAUUGUUUGAAGGUUGAAGUUGAUCGUAAACGCAAUUUAGAAGAUGUGGAGGAAUUGGAAUCCAGUCUUGCCAGAGAUUUUGAUCACGUUGCUAAUGCUGUGUGUUCAGUCAUUGACCAUGAGAAGGAGCACAUUUUAGACUUAGAAACAAGAAAAUAUAACAUCGGUCAAGGUUCACAGAAGUUGGGCAUCCUUCAAGGGGAGCAAAUAAUUACUGCAAUAUCAUCUGCUGUCCAGGAAACAAAUUAUUUGAGAAGAGUACUUCCAGUUGGGGUUAUCAUAGGCUCUUGCCUAGCAGCUUUAAGAAAAUCUUUUGACCUAGCAACACCACAGGAUAAUGUCGAAAUGGACAUUGACCUUAGUCAAGCUCAAAAACUUGGGAGUGUUGCUUGCAGUGGUUUUGAUGAAAAAGAUGUAAUUCAAUCACAAAAAUUUGCAGAGAUCAAUAGUAGCAAGCUCAGCGCUACUGGUAUUGAUGAAUCACCCAUUGAGAAGUUUGAUCAAGAUGCUCGGAGUCCUUCACUAUGCAAAGAAGAGAGAAAUAAUGAUGGGAAGAAUGAGAACAACAAUAAAGCCAUGGCCGGCAUGGUUGCAGUUGCUGCUCUGGGAACAUCUGCCUUAUUGGUGCAACAACAGAAAUUAGACAAUGGUGACAGCAUUGGAGUUGAAGGAGUGCAGAGAAAGGAACUUGACAAAAUUGAUGACACAUCGUCAGGAAAAGACGAGAAUAACAUAGUCACAAGCCUUGCAGAAAAAGCCAUGUCUGUGGCUGGUCCUGUAGUUCCUACAAAAGGAGAUGGUGGAGUUGAUCAAGAAAGGCUGGUAGCUAUGCUGACGGAAUUGGGUCAGAGGGGUGGAAUGCUGAGGCUGGUUAGUAAAAUUGCCUUGCUUUGGGGUGGCUUACGCGGUGCUAUGAGUUUGACUGAUAAACUCAUAUCGUUUCUACGUUUAGCAGAAAGACCCCUAUUUCAGAGGAUUGUGGGGUUCGUUGCCAUGGUUCUUGUUCUCUGGUCGCCUGUUGUUGUUCCACUACUUCCAACACUUGUGCAGAGCUGGAUGUCGCAUAGCUCCUCUGGAAUUGCUGAUUUUGCUUGCAUUUUUGGCCUUUACAUUGCUGUUAUGAUACUUGUUAUGUUAUGGGGCAAGCGGAUCCGUGGGUAUGAAUAUCCCCUUAAGCAAUAUGGGCUGGAUUUGAUGUCGAUGCAGAAGGUCCAAGCUUUUUUGAGCAGUUUGGUUGGGGGAAUUUUGCUUGUUUUGUCCAUACAGUAUGUUAAUUCAUUAUUAGGCUGUGUGAGUUUUUCUUGGCCUCCAAGUCUUCAUUCAUCGUCUUUAGAUGCCAUGACAAGGCUCAAGUCAUUUGGGCAAAUUCUCAUCUUGGUCGGUCGAGGUGCUGUUACAGCAACUUCUGUUGCCCUUGUGGAAGAGUUGCUUUUCAGAUCAUGGUUAACUGAAGAAAUUGCUGCUGAUCUUGGAUAUCAUCCGGGAAUUAUUUUGUCAGGGCUUGCUUUCUCCCUGUUCCAGAGGUCUCCAUGGGCUAUACCUGGGCUGUGGCUCUUAUCACUAAGCUUGGCCGGGCUUCGACAAAUCGGUGAAGGUAGCCUCUCCGUUCCAAUUGGGCUCCGCGUAGGGAUAUUAGUCUCAAGUUACACUCUCCAAUCAGGUGGCUUUUUGAUCUACAACCGCAACUUCCCCCUUUGGAUAACGGGGACUCAUCCUUUCCAACCAUUCGGCGGGAUAGUUGGCCUUACAUUCUCUUUGGUGCUGGCAAUUAUGCUCUAUCCAAGAGAAGCCGUCAUAACUUACAAGACCCAUACGAGAGUAGCUACAUGACUAGUGGAUUGAUGCACAAUUUGGAGGGUACAGAACUCUCUGCGUUCUAUUUCUGGGUAGGCGCAUCGAUAAUGGGAGAUGGUUUUAGCCUCCGAAAGUUUAUUCUUCUUUUACCCAUGAAGGUGUAGAUAGAAAUGGAAUAUCUAAGAACAGAAGUAGAAGGCAAUUUUGACAGAGCGUGUUGUGUCGAUGCGUGUAUAAAAUAACGGAAUCAUCAUGAAAUUGUACAGUACGAGCUCUCUCCACCUGUUCUUUUGUAUUGAUUGUCCUCUCUCCUCUCUCCACCUGUUCUUUUGUAUUGAUUGUCCUCUCUCCAUACGAUAGAUGUAUAUAGUUGACUAGAACAAACAGUCAAUUCCGGUAUACAAGUUUUUCUUCCGAUUUAGUUGAA